UACUAGUCUGUGACCAAAUAUAUAUUUAUACAUUACAGGGAUUCAAAGAAUAUAUUUCUUGGAUCUAGAUAACUCGAGAAGCAAUUAUAGUACUGAUGGAGCAAAGAAACGGAUUCAAUUCUGGAGAAACAAUGAGAAAGCAAGAAGCAGCAGAAAUAAGUAGUAUUAAAUAUGACGGCAAAAAUGAUAAGGUGGAGCAAAGCAAAGUUGAUGCCAUGAGGAAGUUUGUGGAAAAGCAUGAUCCUUCUACAAAGGAUGUAGACAACUUAACGCUCAGAAGAUUUCUAAGAGCGCGUGAUCAUGAUAUAGAAAAAGCUUCUACCAUGUUUCUGAAAUAUCAGGAAUGGAAACGAUCAUUCAUUCCAAAUGGUCACAUAUCAAUAAAUGAGAUUCAAAAUGAGAUUUCCCAGAAGAAGCAGUUUAUACAGGGUUUUGAUAAACAAGGACGUCCAAUCACUGUCCUUAUUGGCUGCAAACAUUUCCAAAACAAAAAAGGAGGUGUUGAUGAGUUGAAGCGUUUUGCAGUAUUUGCACUUGAAAAGUUAUGCUCGAGAAUGCCUACAGGGGAGGAAAAAUUCGUCGUCAUUGCAGAUCUUAAAGGAUGGGGGUACUCAAAUUGUGAUAUUCGAGGAAUGCUUGGUGCCCUCUCCAUAUUGCAGGACUACUAUCCGGAAAGACUAGGAAAACUGUACAUUGUCCAUGUGCCAUACGUCUUCAUGAAAGCAUGGAAGAUAGUUUAUCCAUUCAUUGACAAUAAUACAAAAAAGAAGAUUGUAUUUGUGGAAAAUAAGCAACUGAAAGCAACGCUACUUGAGGACAUUGAGGAGAGCCAGCUUCCACAGACUUAUGGAGGCAAAUUGCCCCUCAUCCCUAUCCAGGAGAGCUAAGUGGGAGAGCAAUUUUAAAGAGAGAUCAACUUUGUUCUUUAGCACUAUGUUUCGGUCCCUUUUUUCUAGUAAUGCAGCUAUAUAUAAGAUAGUUAUUAUGUUGCUUUGUAACACUUAAGCAAUAUAGUAAUCUUCAAAGAUAUGUUAACUGCUACACUAUCUACAACUUCAUAUUAGUGCACACUGCAAACUCUCUGCCAGAGAUUGAGAGAAUUGGAUGGUGCAAAAUUUCCCCUUUCUAAUAUUUUUUUUAGAGUGUUGUUUUUAAAAUAA